UACAUUAGUCAGAGAGCAGCGGUGUUCAGACGGUAUGUACUGUACUAACCAGCGAUUUUACUGCAGCCUAUUUUCUUCAAUCCCAUGGCCAAGAGUGGUGGUGAUUCCUGAGAACAAAGAUAGUGUGUCUGAAUACUGGAGGAGGACUACAAAGCCAAACCUCAAAACACUGUGAAAAACAUCUUCCCUCUCAUAGCUUUCAAUCCAUCUGGUGUCAUCAUGGCUUGUCCCCCACCAGUUGAACAGACAUUAUGUCAGAGUGCCUUUGUCCUCCUCCUGCUGAGUGUGAGUGGUAGCCUGGGCCAGAAGGACUGUACAGGUGUAGACUGCCCUGAUCUGAGUAACUGUAUUGAGGAGCGUCUGGAAGCUGGGGCUUGCUGUACUACCUGCGUUCAGACUGGUUGUACCUGCGAGGGCUACCAGUACUACGACUGUGUCCAUGCCGGCUUUAAGAAUGGUAAUGUUCCCGAGGGGCAGUCCUACUUCGUGGACUUUGGGAGUACGGAGUGUUCGUGCCCGGAAGGCGGCGGCCGGAUUGGCUGUCACUUCAUGCCCUGUCCUGACGUCCCUGCUAACUGCAUCGAGGUGUCUGAGCCGGCUGACGGCUGUGUCACCUGCGAACGUAUCGGCUGUGUCCAUGACAACCAGAAGUACGAGGCCGGACACUCUUUUCACCUUGUUGCCUGUGAGGCGUGCCACUGUCCGUCUGACGGAGGUCAGCUGAUGUGCUACCCUGUCCCAGACUGUGAUCCCAGCAACCCCGGUGACCCCCACAAACCCAUGCUGGCCACCAUACAGGAGGGUCACCCUAGACACCCUACAUAUCCCCCUAUCCAUCCCGACCUCGCACAGGACACACUGAGAGAGACUGAGAGAGACAAACAUGCUAUACCCCCCUAUAACACACAAGAGACACAGGCGAUAGGUGUACCCCCUUACAACCGUCCUCCAUACCCUUUUAACGGGCCAAAACUACCAGCACCCAACAGCCCACACCUCCCACCGUUCCCGUUCGAUGCCCCUAUUCCUUCGGACCACCUGCCCCCGUUCACGCCAGAUGCCCCUAUUCCCUCGGACCACCUGCCCCCGUUCACGCCAGAUGCCCCUAUUCCCUCGGACCACCUGCCCCCGUUCACGCCAGAUGCCCCUAUUCCCUCGGACCACCUGCCCCCGUUCAAGCCAGACCACAUGACUGAGGAUGGGGACUAUGACUACCCUACUACAGACGAACCCCCUGUGAAUGAUCUGGCCUACCCUACACCGUCCUCCUCUGUCAUCUAUGUCUCCUACCCUGGGACAGGGGCUACACAGCCUCGCCACGAAAGGGGUAAUAGUAAGAGCUACGAUAAGCCUAAUGAUUGGGCUGAGAACGGCUAUGGUAACAAGGGAUAUGAUAGUAGAGAUAAGCAGGAGCUCAGGGAGAUAUAUGGAGUCCAUGAGCCAACCACAGACAGUAUGGUUACAGACAGAGUAGGACUGAGAGACAGGCUAGGGCAGACAGACAGAUCUACAGAGACCGACAGAUCUCAGCAUAUAGGUAGGGUGAUGCUGACAGACAAGCUAAAGAAAACAGACAGGUUGAUGACAUUUGGACUUUACAAGGCCACCACAGACGGGUUCGAAGAGACAGGCAGCCCAGUUACUGACAGCCCAGUGACAGUAGAACAGACCACUUCUAGCCAGCUUGAAGACACCACAGUAGAGACCACAUCCCGCAGUACCAGCUCCAGCCACCAGGAUACCACCUCGACCUGGAACAGACCCUCAGAGAGCCAGAUCCACCCUCACUCUCAAGAGGCCAGGGCUGGGGACGCACUGGAGAGCUGGGAGGAAGAGGAGGAGAGAGUAGCAUCAUUGGAGAAUACCACAGGACCUCGGUGGGGAGACGUGUCUUAUGAUGUAGAUUUGGAUAAACAGGGGAGGAGAGGAGGAGAGGAUGAGAGAGAAAGGAGUACCCCUAGCAACCAUGUGAAGGCUGCAGGUGUCAGAGAACCUGGAAGUCACCAGGACAACACUACAGUAGAACACAGUACUACAUCCCCCAGAAGGAAUCAGGACCACACCACCCACAGGAAGCUUCACCACCACACCUUGACCAGGAAGCCUGACCACUACACAACCCCCAAGGAGUAUGAGGUCGACACAGACAGAACUACAUCUCCCAGACUGCCUGACCACCACACAGUCAGAACUACAACUCCAAGAGAGCUUGAUGUCCACACCGACAGAACUACAAUCCCAAGACAAGCUGAGCACCACAGCCUCAACAGACAGCCUGAUCACCAUACCCUGACCAGGAAGCCUGACCCCCAUGCAGUCAGAACUACAACUCCCAGAGAGCUGAACCACCACACAACUCACAGACAGCCGGAUCCCCAUCACCCAGCUCCCAGGGACCCAGAGCAGCACCGUACUCCUCCCAGGGUGACAUUCAGCCCAACCAGCCAGCCUUCUCUCAGGGUAUCAGCUGAUCUAGGUCACCACGGAAGUGAGCCUCUCCACAAGCAGUCCCAGACACUAUUCAACCUGCAGGGCAAUGAUGCGGAGGAGCAUGAGAAGGAGGAGGAGGAGGAGGAGAGGGGAUAUGUUCCAGUCUUUCUCCCAAAGACUCAGGAGGCUGGUCCUGGUCCAUCUUCUCUCAAUGUGGUGGAGAGCUGCUGUGAGGUGGGCCAGAGAUGGGCAUCAGAGAACCAACACUGUAACAACAUGCCUUUGUUGAAGGACGAUAAACACUCUGUCUGCCGUAUAUCCCAGCAGCAGUGUUGUCAGAACGUUCUAAAGGAGACCAGGUGUCUGGCAGGUAUCACUGUUGCUAAAGGAGGAGACAGGUGUGAGGUCGACCAGGAGAGCCAGUGUGCCGCAGACUCUUACCAGGUGUGCUGCAGUUGUUGUGUGCUGGGUCUGGCUCUACAUGCUGAAGGUAGAGGGUGUGAUGCCCACCAGUACCUGGGGGACCCCUGCGGUCGUGUCCUGCUCACCUGCUGUGAAGAGGGGCUCAGCCCUAACUCUAACCAAACACAGAGGAGGAAGGAGAGGCCCAGACCUACUGCCCUGUCUGAGAAAGGUAAAUCACCUCCCACCAGACCUACUGCCCUGUCUGAGAAAGGCAAAUCACCUCACACCAGACCUACUGCCCUGUCUGAGAAAGGUAAAUCACCUCCCACCAGACCUACUGCCCUAUCUGAGAAAGGUAAAUCACCUCACACCAGACCUACUGCCCUGUCUGAGAAAGGUAAAUCACCUCCCACCAGACCUACUGCCCUGUCUGAGAAAGGCAAAUCACCUCACACCAGACCUACUGCCCUGUCUGAGAAAGGUAAAUCACCACACACCAGACCUACUGCCCUGUCUGAGAAAGGCAAAUCACCUCACACCAGACCUACUGCCCUGUCUGAGAAAGGUAAAUCACCCCACACCAGACCUACUGCCCUGUCUGAGAAAGGUAAUGUGAAUGAGUGUGUGACCAGCACGCACAGUUGCCAGGCCAGUGAGCGCUGUGUGAACACCGUGGGAUCGUUUGUGUGUGAGAGGACCGUCACUUGUCCUGCUGGCUUCCAGCUCAGGAAUGAAGUCUGUGAGGAUAUUGAUGAGUGUAUGGUGCGCAGCCACAACUGUGGUCAACGGUUUGAGUGUGAGAACACUGAGGGCUCCUUCCUGUGUAACCCUAAGCAGAGAUGUCUCACCGGCUUCACCCAGGACUCACAUGGAAACUGCAUUGAUAUUAAUGAGUGCAGUAGGCUCUCUGAUCCAUGCAGUGCUGGUUUUCACUGUAUCAACACUGUGGGCUCCUAUACCUGUCAGAGGAAGGUUAUCCUGUGUAGUCAGGGAUACCACUCCAGCCCUGAUGGAACACGCUGCAUCGAUGUGGAUGAAUGUCAAACAGGUAACCAUAGGUGUGGUGAGGGACAGAUCUGCCAUAACCUCCCUGGUAGCUACCGCUGUGACUGUCAAACAGGCUACCUGUACGAUGCUCUACGCCAGGUCUGCAGCGAUGUGAAUGAGUGUUGGAGCUACCCCGGCAGGCUGUGUGCUCAGACGUGUGAGAACAGUCCAGGGUCCUACCAGUGUUCCUGUACAGCAGGCUUCUCUCUAGCCUUCGACGGGAAGAACUGUGAAGAUCUGAAUGAGUGUGACUCUAGUCCGUGUGGUCAGGAGUGUGCUAACAUCUAUGGGUCCUACCAAUGUUACUGCAGACAGGGCUUCUACCUGAAGGAAGACGGACACACCUGUGAAGAUAUUGAUGAGUGUUCCCAGAGUAUUGGCAACCUGUGUGUGUUCCAGUGUGUGAACACCCCGGGUAGCUAUCAGUGUGCCUGUCCCCCUAACGGAUACACCAUGUCAACCACCGGACACACCUGCAGAGAUAUUGAUGAGUGUACAACAGGAGUUCAUAACUGUUCUACAGAACAGACCUGCUCCAACGUCCAGGGAGGGUACAGGUGUCUCUCUUUCUCCUGCCCUCCCAAUUACAGGAAGGUCUCAGAUACUCGUUGUGAGCGCAGUGGUUGUCCAGCUAACUCUGUAGACUGCCAGACCUCUCCUCUGAGAAUCACCUACUACCAGCUGAGCUUCCAGACCAACAUUGUCAUCCCCGCUCAGAUCUUCAGGAUUGGCCCCUCCCCCGCCUACAGGGGAGACAACAUUGCUAUCUCCAUCACCCACGGUAACGGGGAGAACUACUUCUCGACGCGGAAGCUGAACAGUUUUACGGGGGCGGUGUACCUGCAGCGGCAGGUGAGACAGCCGAGAGACUUCCUGAUCGAUGUGGAGAUGAAGCUGUUGAGACAGGGAGCCUUCACUACCUUCCUGGCCCGGAUAUACGUCUUCAUCACCUCUAACACACUGUAGAGUCUGUUGAGACGGGGAGCCUUCACUACCUUCCUGGCCCGGAUAUACAUCUUCAUCACCUCUAACACACUGUAGAGUCUGUUGAGACAGGGAGCCUUCACUACCCCGGAUAUACGUCUUCAUCACCUCUAACACACUGUAGAGUCUGUUGAGACAGGGAGCCUUCACUACCCCGGAUAUACGUCUUCAUCACCUCUAACACACUGUAGAGUCUGUUGAGACAGGGAGCCUUCACUACCCCGGAUAUACGUCUUCAUCACCUCUAACACACUGUAGAGUCUGUUGAGACAGGGAGCCUUCACUACCCCGGAUAUACGUCUUCAUCACCUCUAACACACUGUAGAGUCUGUUGAGACAGGGAGCCUUCACUACCCCGGAUAUACGUCUUCAUCACCUCUAACACACUGUAGAGUCUGAACACACACCCUUCCAGGACAGACCGCCACUUCUCUAAGAUUCAGAUGGUGCUAAACUUUAUACUAGUAACUUACAUUUAUAUAUAUAUUUCAUCAUACGAUCUUAUCCAGUGCAUACAUUUUCAUAGUUUUUCAUGCUGGUCCUCCGUGGGAAUCGAACCCACAACCCUGGCGCUGCAAGGACCAUGCUCUACCAACUGAGCCACACACUUCAAAAACGGGAUUGUUACUGAAGACUUAGUUUGAUUUCUGUUUAUACAAAAGUAUUUUUCUGAGUCUUUUAUAAUGUAAUCUCUUUCAAUGCAUGUGUCUCAAGCUGUGUGGUUUGACUCUGCCAAGGUGGUGCCCAGAGUGUCCUCCUUUACCUCUGGAACCUUCCAAUCCCAACAUGAACUUUCAGAGGUUUUGAAGCAGAGUUGCUGAAUAGAAUGGAGAACCCUGGAGCAGCACUUAGACCAGAGCUUGUAGACACACU